GGAAGAUACGUUGACGUGAAGAAUGACGCCAUCGUUGGCUUCUCUUCUAACAGCAACGGCGAUCCAACAGAAGCACCACGAGGGCCUGGGGCGAAGGAAAUCACGGUGGAACAAACAGCACCAACUGCAGCAACACCGCCAGCGAAGGGCCAAGUAACAUCACAAGCGACGGAGCAAAAAGAGGCAUCACCAAGGAAGGAAGCUACGUCCAGCGUAGUUGUCACACAGAAAUCAUCAACUGUGAUUCAGCAACCAACAAAAUCCUCUUCUCCUCCUACAAACGGAAUAACUCCGACACCAGGAAACAAACUUGCUGGUGGGGACACUUUUCAAAAUGACCAGCAAUCCGAUGAGCAAGUACCAGAAGAAGCAGCGCAAAAUGGAACUAUUGCUGGCGAAGAAUUGAAGACAAAACCAGAAACCACCACCGAAAAGGGUCCUAACAGUACCGAUGAUAACAAACAAGUUGACAAUGCAGCCAUCGGCAAUUCAAAUGGAGGUCAGGAAGAAAAGAACGGAGUCACGCUGCAAGUUCAAGAAGAAAUCGUGAAACCCAAAGAAGAAAAAGAAGUGAAAAAAGAAUUGGAAGAGAAAGAAAAGCAAAAGGCUCAAGAGAAUAAACAGGACGAACCUGAAGAUCCCGGGGAAGAUGCUGAAGACACUGAAGAUUCAGCUGAUGGCACAGAUCACAAAGAGGGUGAAGGACAGAAGGAAGGAGAUGCAGGAAGCAGUAAAAAAGGAAAAGAGUUGAAUUUGGGUGGUGAUACCGACGGUACAUCCCCUGACGCACCUGUAGUUCUUCAGCCUGCUCCCCCUGUUGAAGUUACGGAUCCUCAAAGUAUUGAGAAAACGAACGAUGACGAGACUGGGGGAAAAGAAGACGCCGGCAGAACGCAAACGCAAGAAGCAGCAGGACCAUCACAGGCAGAGAAUUUAACAGCGGAAUUAAGUACCGAAGACGAUGCAGCCGAAACAGAAACAGGAACCCCGGGAAAAAAGACGCAACCAGAAGAUGCAGGAAAAGAACAGACAACCGUUGGAGCAAAAUCAAAUCAAGAAACACCUGCCGCGGAAAGGGAGGCACAAAACAAAGAAGAGGUACUAAGAGAAGAGGAAGGUUCAGGAAAAGCAACAACAAAUGAAAAUUUUGACGGAAGGCAAACAGCCGUAAAGGACAAUGCCCACAAUGAGGCAGAGAAAACAAGUCAAAAAAAUGGAAAUGAAUUGGAUAAGGCAGAAGAAACAACAGCAGAAGUCAAAGAAAAGGAAGAGACAACCGAAAGAAAAACCGUUGCAGCCAAAGGCCCUAACCUGAACGGCACGGCAGCAACAGACGACAGUGACGGCAGCAUCGCGGUCUCCCACACCACCUCCCCUCUUUUGCUUCUUCUUUUUUUUGCGUGUGCGGCUGCUGCUGGUGCGGUGGUGGCCGCGUGA